CGACCGGUCUUUCGAUAAUGGACCUACCUACCUACUAGGUAGGUAAGUACCUAUAUACAUAAUUAUUAAACACAAAUAGAUGGACAAAGCAGUCUGCUGGUGACUAGCAACGAAACAUGGCGACUGGAUAUUUAGUUCUUCUGCUAGUGGCGGCGUGCUGGGCCUACCCCCAAGAUGUGCCGGAGUCAGCCCUGGGCAAGGUCAUCGACCGCGCCUCCAUGAAGGUUUUGAAGGAAGCCUUCACGCUAGAGGCCGGCAAGAACGUGGUGUCCUCUCCACUGGGCAUGCUGCUGCUGCUGUCUCAGUACUCCGCGGGACUCGGAGACGGCGCCCUUAAGCAGGAGAUCACCAGCCUGCUCAGCACCAAGGGAUACUCGGAGCUGGUCGCAGACUACGGGAAGCUGAGCAACACGUUCAGCUCCCUGAACCCCAACUUCCUGUCGCUGAAGAACAAGAUCUACGUGGCUGAAGGGUUCACCCUGGACGAUGAGUUCAGUGCCAGCUCCAGAGGAACUUACAGGAGCGAGAUCGAGAACUUGAAGUUCACUGAACCUAACAAGGCCGCCGCUGUUAUUAAUGAAUGGGCAGAGAAAGAAACCCAUGGAAACAUCAAGAACGCCGUCAGCCCUGACGCCCUGAGCCCUGACGUCGCCGUAGCCAUGUUCAACGUCAUUUACUUCAAGGGCCAAUGGGAGUACCCGUUCACGAAGGAAGAGACGAAGGAAAAGGACUUCCACCUGUCCAAGGACAAGAAGGUCAAGAAGAGCAUCAUGCACGUGAUGAAGAACUUCCGCUACCAUGACAGCGAACUGCUCGGGGCUCAGUUGGCUGAGCUUCCAUACCAAGAAGAAGGGUUCCGCAUGAUCGUCGCUCUGCCCCACGAAGUCGAUGGACUAUCAUCAGUGGUGGAGAAGGUGGCCCAGAACGGUCUGCUUGGGGAGGCUUCCAAACUGGAGUACACACGCGGUGGAGUCUGCUUGGAGCUGCCGAAGUUUAACGUGGACUCUGAUUUGGACUUUGAGGACAUUUUGAAGAAGGUCGGCCUGUCGCAUCUGUUCACGGAGCCAGCCACGAAGCUGGUGAAGAACCAGUCCGUGGUGGUCUCCAAGGCGUUCCAGAAGGCCUUCAUCAAGGUCGACGAGGAGGGGUCUACUGCUGGAGCAUUCUCUGGUCUCUUGGUUAGACCUGUUUCUGCUGUGUUGUAUGAGCCAGAUCCGAUUGUUUUUAAAGCUGAUCAUCCUUUCUUCUAUGCCAUUCUUCGUGAGGAUAUAUUUUUGUUCACUGGCACUUACGAGCAUUAGCUAAACGUUUAUUUGCCGAAUACUCCAUAACAUCUGUGCAGCACUAUGACCCUCCUAUCGAGUUUCACGUAGACCGACCUUUCUUCUACUCAAUUCUACACAAAGAUAUCGUACUCUUUACGGGCGCUUACAUUAAUUAAUUAUGAUCAAUAUAAAAUAUACGAUUUAUAAUAAUUACAAUAUACGAUAAAUACCUUUUUUCUAAAUUGCU